AUGAAAAAUCAAAAGCGUACUGAUUCAUUUCGAAUGAAUAAAGCAGUCUAUUACUUAAAUGUGGUCGAUGAAUAUUCAUAUCACAAUGCACUCUCACUGGAAUUGAACAGUGGCAUACCCGAAAAUGAUCAUUUUUAUUUGUUAUGCGCAAAGCCACCGCUUAAAGAAUCAAUUGCUGGCAAUAUUCGAAUCCAAGUGCUAGCAUCUAAAGAGCCCUAUUCAUUACCGUUUCCAUUCUAUUCUACAAUUGCUUUGAUUAUUUUUACUGUAAUUAUGGCAGCUCUUUUUGCGGGACUUAAUUUAUCAUUUACGUCUGUAGCAAUUAGUGAAUUAUACGUCAUCAUGCGAAUGGGAGACUCUUACCAAAGUCGUUUAGCUAAAAAUAUCAUACCUGUACGUUUGCAUCUGAAUUGGUUAAUCUGUAGUUUCGCUACAGCAAAUGCCAUCACAAACUGUGCCACUUCAUUGUUAAUUGAAAAUUUUCUUCAAUAUAUAAGUCAUGGUAGCUUGCCAUUUAUUGCUUUAACGCUCAUACCGUGCAUAAUUACUGUAGUAUUUUCCGAAUUAUUACCUUUGGCGAUCUGCAAUCGGAGAGGUUUAUGCAUAGCAAGUAAAACACGUUAUGUUACGUGGCUAACAAUGAUCAUUUUAUCACCAAUUGCGUGGCCGCUCUCGAAAAUUCUUGACGCUACCCUCGGAGCUCAAGGAUGUGAAGUCUAUGAUCGAAGUAAGAUUGAAUUUUUAAUUUUGGAGGCGGCAAGAGCAAGUUCUGCAGUAUUCUCAGAAAUUCUGAAAAAUACGAUAAAUUUGCCAAGAAUUCGAGUUGGCAAUCUGAUGACAAAAAUUGAUGAAGCAUUUCUUCUGUCCACUAAGGAUACUCUUGACAAUAAGUUAAUUUUGUCAAUAGUUGAAAAAGGCUACACUCGUAUACCUGUCUAUGAAGGCUCAAAAAGAAGUAAAGUUAUUGCUGUACUCAAUGUUAAAGAUCUUAUCAGUACAGACUUCAGCAAAAAUGUCUGCGUAAUCGAUGUACUCAAAAAACUUAAUUACUUGAAACAAGUUCGUUUCGUAUGCGAAGAAAUGCAAGUGAAUCCCUUGAUGUACGAAAUGGAAGGACAAAACUUUGCAUUUGAACCAAAAGGUUACAUAUCUCAUCUUGCAAUGGUAGUAAAAUAUGACAGUAAAAGUUAUAGCCUUAUUGGAUUAAUAACUCUUGAGGAUAUUAUUGAAGAAAUUUUUGAUCAAGCAACCUUCGAUUGGUUGCGAUCAGAACCUAAUCCAUUACCACCAUUAGAACAAAUUUACCAUAUUCAACAAGCAUUAGAAAAUUAUUCUGGUUUCAAAGGAUUAUCAUUCAAUAUUGAUACAAUGCGUCGACUUUUUAAUAUAUGCGAAAUCCACACUUCAAGUAAUGCUGAUAAAAAAUUUUGUAUUUACAAGAAAGGCUCUCUCUACAGAUCAGUAACAGUUAUGCUUAGAGGAGAAGCAUUUUACACAGAUCAAGACGGUUGUCGUAAGAUCGCAACUGCAGCUGAAUUUGGUGCUGAAUUGAUUGAUCAGAUCUAUUUGAGAUAUUGCAAUAGGGAGAAUUUUGUAGAUUUGUGCAAACUUCACUUUACACCUCAACAAACGAUUUAUAUUGAACCACCUUUUCAAUAUAUUAAGAUCACGUUAAGAGCAAUAAUAGAUACACUGCAAAAACGAGAACGUGAUGAAUAUCGUCGAGAAAUAAGCGAAGCAAAAUAUUUGCAAGACGAAGCAGAUCUAAGUAACACCCAGCUUACUCUUUCAGUAACAGAUGCAAAGACUACUCAAGUAAGGAUGGUUUCUGAAUCCCUAAGUACACUUAGCACUACUGGAUCUAUUCAUGACGAUGAAAAACUUUCAGAAUCAUCAAAUCAAUAG